AUGGUCGACAUCGGGAACAAUAAUGUCAUUUCCACUCUGCCAAAGGACAACUUCCAAGCCUACGAUCGCGAUUUUGAUGGCGACUGGCCACAGGGAAGAUUCUCCAACGGCAAGAUCCUGCUAGAGUACAUCGCUCAGGAUUUUGGACUGAAGUCGCCAACGUCUCUGCUUACUUGGACCCUAACUAUGGCAUUACGGAUUUCGCCACCGGGGUUGCUUUGCUCAAUCCUCUAG